UUCCGUUUGCAGUCGCAUUGUUUUGUCGUCACUACCGGGCGCCAUAUUGUUUUCGCCGAAGCGUAUUUUUUUCCCCCUGUCAGGUUGUGAAAAUACAGUCUCCAGAAAUGCUGGCGAAAAUAAUUGGACAGAAAUAUCUUUCCAUUGGAAAGGCGUGGAUUCCCACGCUGACUUUAUGGGGAGGUGUUGGAGGCAUUGCGGUCGUCCACUUCACAGACUGGCGAUUGAUCCUGGAUUACGUCCCCUACAUCAACGGCAAAUUCAAGAAAGAUUAGAUGUGUGCAAACGUUUGGGUCCAAAGUUCUGCUGCUGGGUGAAAGAUCGGAAGGAUGGACAUCCCAAUCUCGAGAUAACUGAAGAUGCAUGUCCAAAACUUUGCUGCAAGCUGCUCAACAGUGCUAAUGGAUGUUAUUUUUUGGGACUGUCCAUCUCCCUGAUUGUUUUUUUUUUCUUCCCUGUUUGGUUGUAAAUGUAAAAUAAAACGAUUCCUUGUGAUACAAAUAUGAAUUCCGAUCCAAGUUACACGUACUACAUAAUAGAUUGCUUUUUCUUUCCUACACAGUCAUUUUCCUUCAAUAAACAAUCCAUAGGGAUUACUAUGA